GGCUCGAGAGUGGAGACGGACUCCGGGGGAAGUCUGCGGCGGCUGCUUACCGUUCUCCGUCCCGCGCGUGGCAAGUGGAGGGUCUCGAUUCUGGACGGCUUGGAGCGUCCACCAUGAGGAGAAGUGAGGUGCUAGCAGACGAGUCCAUCACAUGCCUCCAGAAAGCUCUAACUCACCUUCGGGAAAUAUGGGAACUAAUUGGGAUUCCAGAGGAGCAGAGACUACAAAGAACCGAGGUUGUAAAGAAGCAUAUAAAGGAUCUUCUGGAUAGAAUGAUUGCUGAAGAGGAGAGCCUGCGGGAAAGGCUGCUCAAAAGCAUAUCCGUCUGUCAGAAGGAGCUGAGCACCCUGUGCAGCGAGUUACAAGUGAAGCCGUUUCAGGAAGAAAAAGAAACAACCGUCUUGCAACUAGAAAAAGACUUGCGCACUCAAGUAGAAUUGAUGAGAAAACAGAAAAAGGAGAGGAAGCAGGAACUGAAGCUACUUCAGGAACAAGAGCAAGAGCUCCGGGACAUCCUCUGUAUGCCUCCCUGUGAUGUGGACAGCACCUCUGUCCCCACCUUAGAAGAGCUGAACCUAUUCCGACAGCGUGUGGCAACUCUGAGGGAGACAAAGGAAUUGAGGCAUGAAGAAUUUGUCAACAUUAAGAAACAAAUCAUAUUGUGUAUGGAAGAAUUAGAACACACUCCGGAUACAAGCUUUGAAAGAGACGUCGUGUGUGAAGAUGAAAGUGCUUUUUGUUUAUCACUGGAGAAUAUUGCAACAUUACAGAAGUUGCUAAAGCAGCUGGAAAUGAAAAAAUCACAAAACGAAGCAGAAUGUGAGGGGCUCCGCACUCAAAUCCGAGAGCUCUGGGAUAGGUUACAAAUACCUGAAGAAGAGAGAGAGCCUGUGGAGGCAAUUAUGACUGGGUCAAAAGCCAAAAUCAGGAAUGCGCUGAAAUUAGAAGUGGAUCGGUUAGAAGAACUGAAAAUGCAAAACAUAAAGCAAGUGAUUGAGACAAUUCGAGUGGAGCUGGCUCAGUUCUGGGACCGGUGUUUCUAUAGCCAGGACCAAAGGCAGGCUUUCGCCCCUUACUAUUCUGAGGACUACACAGAAAACCUGCUCCAUCUUCAUGAUGCUGAGAUUAUACGGUUAAGAAACUACUAUGACGUCCACAAGGAGCUGUUCCAAGGCGUCCAGAAGUGGGAAGAGAGCUGGAAACUUUUCCUAGAGUUUGAGAGAAAAGCUUCAGAUCCAAGUCGGUUUACAAACCGAGGGGGAAAUCUUUUAAAAGAAGAAAAGGAACGAGCGAAGCUCCAGAAAACACUCCCUAAGCUGGAAGAGGAGUUGAAAGCACGGAUUGAACAGUGGGAACAGGAGCACUCAACAGCAUUUGUGGUGAAUGGGCAGAAAUUCAUGGAGUAUGUUACAGAACAGUGGGAGUUACAUCGGUUGGAGAAAGAGCGAGCCAAACAGGAGAGGCAACUAAAGAACAAGAGACAGACAGAGGCAGAGAUGCUAUAUGGCAGUGCUCCCCGGACACCUAGCAAAAGACCAGGACAGACUCCCAACAAGUCUGGCAAAGUACGCAAGAUGAACACUACUGCCAUGUCUAGUGCUACGCCCAACAGUAGCAUUCGGCCUGUCUUUGGUGGAUCAGUGUACCGUUCACCUAUGUCUCGACUACCCCCUUCUGGCAGCAAGUCAGUUGUCACUUCUCUGUGUUCUGGAAAGAAAACACCUCGAGCUGCCCAGCUUAGGGCGAACAAGGAGAACUUGGACCUCAAUGGCAGCAUCCUGAGCGGUGGGUACCCUGGCUCGACGCCCCUCCAGCACAACUGCAGCAUUAAGUCUGUUGCCAGCACCUAUUCUGAGUUUUCGCGAGAACUUUCAAAGGCUUCCAGAUCUGAUGCCACUUCUCGGAUCCUCAAUUCAACCAACAUCCAGUCCUGAGAAUCCUUGUCCAGUUAGGCAGCUGUGGCUUCCUGUGCCUAGACUAGACUGACGUAUACGUAUACAAAGAAUGACUUAUACGUUUCCAUCAGUUUAGAUGCUUGAAACUACUUUGGGCAGGUUCUGUUAACUGCACCUAACUCUAGACAUAAGUAGGACAGAAGGAAGCUGUCCUGGGCGCACUGAGGCCACAAAGACUUGCUUUUGAGUCAAGAGGGACCUUAAAGGCUAGUUAUGAUAGUUAAGUACAAGUUUUAACAUCUGGUAGCUAAUUUGUUUUCUCUACCCCAUAAUUCUACUC